CCACUCGACACAUCGCCUGCCCUUUAUCUUGGGUCGAGUGUCUCAACAGCCGCUAUAUACCCAGUCAGGCCCGUUGACACGCAGUGUUUGUGCCUCCUGCCAUAGUCAGCGUGAUUAUUGCCUGCCCAUCUCAAUCACAUUGUGUUUCGGCACAGCGGAUACCAUGAUCUGCCCUUGAAGUCCGACGUCUCCUGGCGACGCCCCUUGAUCGUCUGCGGAUCUGGUCAACACCACCAUGCUGCCUGGUGCGCCGGCCUAUAAUUCUGCCUUGCUCCUUCUUCUCGUGGCUUCAUCUUGGCCUCCUUCGUGUGCUGCCUUGCCGUGGACUGGUAUACCAUCGCGCCGCUCGCUGAUACUCGACUACUCUCCCGCCCCGCCGCCCGAGGAAAGCCCUCCACUGUCGGCCGGUGCGCUCCGGGAUCCCUCAUUUCUCCCAGCUCAGAUCGGUGGCAUUGUCGGAGCCUACGCAUUAUCGCUGGUGCUGGUCGCCCUUCUCCUUCUUGCCUUUUCCAAGACGCGCCGCGACCACCUGCGGAAUCGUGACGCUCCUCCUCAAGAAGACAAUUUCUUCCUCGAUUUCAAUCCAUUCCCCCAACAAUUCCUCCAGUCCGAGGAGGAAUACCAGAGACAGCUCGAGCAGUUCCAGAAGCUUUCUCUGCAGAUCCCCCAGAGUCCGGUCAGAAACUUCUCGCUCCCAUCCAACUCGCCCCUGAGCCCAACCAGAACUGGCCCGCUCAGCCCGACCAAGUCGCAGCGCUCAGUUUUCAGCACCUCUUCCCCGACCUCGACCAUCCUCGCCCCUGGUAUCGAUCUCUCGGUUGACCAGACCAUCGUGGGCCGAGACAAAGCCAUGGCGCAACAACAGUUGAAAGAGAUGUACAGGCAUGUGAUGGAGCAGGAGCAGGCAAAGGCCGAAGGGCGGGAGUACCAGCCACCAGCGCUAACAUCCCCGUCAACGAACACGCUGAAUGCAAGCCCCGCGAAGUUGGGUGGCCUCAAGAAGGAAAGGAACAAGCCGUCAAACCUGAACCUCGCGCAGGACGAGAAGCAGUCGCGCAGCUCCUCGAUAUUCUCCUUCCUCAAGUCGCCGCGCAAAAACAAGGCGCCAGCAGGCCUAAGCAUCUCGUCCCCGAUUAUGACACCCAUGUCGGGGACAUUCCCACGACAUGACGCCCAGGAGAUGAAUACGAUCCCGCCUCGACACUACGCGCCCGCCGCUCCGCCGCCCGUCCCUUCCCACGAUCUCCCGUUCCGUCAAGCAGCCGCUUCGGCCGCUGGCAGCAGCCACCUCCCAACCCCCGACAUCUCACCCGUCAGCACGCAGAGCAUCGACUCUCGCAUCGACGCUGCUGUCGGGCAGCCGCCGAGCCGCGCCGCUCGUCGCGAACAACGCGAGCGGGAGGCCCGCAGCGACCACCGUCUCCCGUCCCACUCGCGCGACGUCUCAACCGCAACCAGCUCAGCCGGGGAUCCUGAACCGGUGUCGGCCACUUCGGAUAGGUCCACUGCCCACCUGGUCGGUCUUCCCGUCUCCCCUCGCCCGGGCGUCAACCGCUUCCCGAGCGAUCUUUCCCUGCCGGCGUCGCCUCGCCCAGGCCAGCAAUCCUUUCAACUGCCCCCGGCCAAUGCCAACUCCUCGACGUCGUCCUUCCCCCGUCCCUCGGGCUCCGCCGUCCGCCAGGGCGGCGCCCUCCCGCUGCGCGCCUAUGAGCCCUCGAUAAGCUCGCCGACCGCCGCGAGCUUCGCCACCAAGCAGACGGUGUUUACCCGCGCCGAUCCGGGCCCGCUGUCGCCCGGCAUGCAGACGGGCAUGCGCACCCCCUGGACGGGCGCCCCCGUCCCGUAUACCCCCUACCAGCCGUUCACGCCUGUCGUGCCCAUUACACCGUCCGUGGUGACCAAAGCGGACCGCAAGAGGAUGAAGAGGCUUGAGCCGAAGACGCCUACUGUUGAGAUGGUCAGGAGUACCGAGGAUAUUUGGUAGAUAUAUUUUUUCCUGUCUUCGGUUAAGUCCAUCUUGUGAGUUUCUUGGACCUAGGUUACUUGCUGGGGAAAACGAUUGGAUGAUGUUCACGGAUAAUGGCUUGGAGUGCGAUGGUAAGGUAGUUUCAACCGAGCUGAGCUGGGCAUCAUAAGUGAUGAUGUUGGGAAAGUAGAGAUUUCUUCUUUUGAUAUCCACUUGUUAUAGGCGAUUGACCCUGGUUUCCGUCUCACAAAGUACUAAUCACUGCGCGCCCGAAGCUAUGGCUCCUUUUGCUGUGUCAGGACUGGAACUAAGUGAUGCCUGUUUCAAAAUGGAG